UCGUCAGAGGCUUGUAUGUCAUCAUCAGUCAGCGUCUGCUGAGGAUUGCAGGACGUUUGGUCAGUUGAGCAAAGAUGGCUCCAUCACCCACAAAACGAAAGGAUCGCUCUGACGACAAGGUGAAGGAGCGGGGGAAGGAGAAGGUGGGGGUGAAGGAGGGAGGGGAGAAGGACCGUGGCAGAGAAAAAGGACGCAAGCGGCGCAGUGCUUCAACUGGGAGCAGCAGCAGGUCUCGCUCCAGCUCCAGCUCCAGUUCCAGUUCAGGUUCCAGCUCUGGCUCCUCCAGUGGCUCAAGCUCCUCGUCUGCGUCCAGCCGCUCCGGCUCCUCCAGCAGUUCGCGAAGCUCUAGCUCCAGCAGCACCUCGGGCUCCCCCAGCCGCCGGCGCCACGACAACCGCCGCCGCUCACGAUCCAAGUCCAAAUCCCUGAAGAGAGAGGAGAAAGAGAGGAAGAGGAGGAGUCCAAGCCCCAGGCCCUCCAAGGUUCACAUCGGCCGGCUUACAAGAAACGUCACCAAGGAGCACAUCAUGGAGAUUUUUGCCACUUAUGGGAAGAUAAAGAUGAUCGACAUGCCCGUAGAUAGACUCCAUCCCAACCUGUCAAAGGGUUACGCCUAUGUUGAGUUUGAGACCGCAGAUGAAGCAGAGAAGGCACUCAAACACAUGGAUGGAGGUCAGAUAGAUGGUCAGGAGAUCACAGCGUCCGCAGUGUUGACACCCCGGCCUAGGCCACCCCCUCGCAGAUUGACCCCCCAGCGCAGGAUGCCUCCCCCGCCCCCCAUGUGGCGCCGCACCCCACCACGCAUGAGGAGAAGGUCUCGCUCCCCGCGCCGCAGGUCUCCUGUACGGCGGCGUUCUCGCUCCAGAUCCCCGGGCCGCCGACGCCACCGCAGUCGUUCCAGCUCCAACUCCUCCCGCUAGAGCCUCAUCACCGCCCUCAACUGGACACGCCUCACAGCUGCUAGUGAGACAGGAGCCAGGACAGUUCAAAUCUCAUAUCCCAGCCCCCCCUCCAUGGCAAAUCCUUCUAAUGAUCCCAGAGGGUAUCACAGUGAUUUUGUUUACAAAGAUUACAAGAGGCAGAUUGAGAACAAAGCCUGAAGAUUUCCAUGCAACACCAUGCUCUCGCGCAUCCAGGAUAUGCCAUCUACUCGCUUCUGAUGUUUUCUUUCUUUCUUUUUAAAUUUUUUUUUCUGCAUAAAUGAGUAGUGCUAAUUAUCCCCAGCCAUUGUCACAACUGGAAUUAUAUUGCGACCACAGUUGAAAUGGAAGCAAAUGCAGGUCAAACAGCUCCCCAUUGUUAAUUUAGUGGAAUUGUGUACCCUCUGUGUAUUUUCUUUAGGCAGUGAAAGCAUUGAGAGAAAAAAAUUAGACUUAAAUAUUCUCAUGCAUUGGAAGUUGUUGCUGCCUUGUGUGUAUAACCUACGAAACACUUAAGUAAAAGUAUGUAUUCCAUGUACUGAGUCUACACGCCUUUUCAUUGAAAUAAGCCCCUCACUUCCACCUUAUUUGAAAAUCAUUGGGGUUUUGUAUUUUUCACUGCUGUAAUAUACAGUUGUUUUCAAUAGAUUGUUUGAAUCCAGGGCAGUGGAAUAAUCCAAGCCAUUAAUAUAAAUCUAUGUUUUUAAGUACCAGGUAGUACUGAAGAGUGCUAUAAAAGUAGGAAGGUGGUGUUUGCUAGUUAUUGAUUUCAUGUAAAGUGUUAAUUUUGUUUUUAAUAAAUCUGUCUACCACAAGAAGCUGAGCCUAUUUCCCUGGUAAAAUAUAAACAUUUGUAAUUUAUUUUGAAAAUAAACUGAAAUUCUAAUGA